CCACAGGACCCCAGAACUGAGGUCUGAGGGCUCGAGGAUGAGGGUGGUCCAGCAGGGGCAGCAGCAGCAGCAGCAGCGCGUGUCUGUCCACUGAGUAUUUUUCCUCUCCGUGUCUCUGGACGCUCCUCGAUGCCCGCAGCAGUGGUCGGGGCAGGUCGCUGAAGAGGAGACCCUCAUGGCCAUGUUUUCCUCCACUCCGUUCUCCGUCAGGGACAUUCUGAACCUGGAGCAGGCGCAGGGCGACGUGGCCCCGCUGGACAUGGACGGCUCGUCCUGCAUGCUGGCCGCCUUCAAGCAGGAGCCCGCCUUCAUGGACGUGCAGCCCGGAGCCACCGCGGCCGCCCUGUUCGGCCACGACGAGCAGCAGGACGGCAAAGGCCAGAGAGGCAGCGCGGGCCUCGGCUACGAGCCUGCCUUUUAUGGCAAGGACUUCUUAGAGAUGGAGCUGGACAAAGAGGCCAAGACGGACGGCGCGUUCGAGGGCAAAGAGAGGAAAGCCUCCAGUUGCCCCCCAGCUGAUGACCAGCCCAGACCCCCUGGCUCGGCUCGCGCGGCCCCGCGGAAAAGGAGGAAACCGCGCGUGCUCUUCUCCCAGGCGCAGGUGUGCGAGCUCGAGCGGCGCUUCACGCAGCAGCGCUACCUGUCCGCGGCCGAGCGCGAGCACCUGGCCGGCGCGCUGCGGCUCACCUCCACGCAGGUCAAGAUCUGGUUCCAGAAUCGCCGCUACAAGUGCAAGCGGCAGCGGCAGGAGCGCGCGCUGGAGGCGGCGGGGUUGGGCGGCCCGCGGCGCGUGUCAGUGCCCGUGCUCGUACGCGACGGCAAGCCGUGCAUCGCAGACGCGGCGGCGGCGGCAGCGGCGGCCUACGGCGGCUCGUGCAGCAUGGGCGUGAGCCCCUUCCCGUACGGAGCGUACCCGGCUGCUUUCGGCAGCUUCCCGAGCCCCGGCGGCUCGAACUAUGCGUGCAACUACUCGGCGGCCGCGAGCGUUCCGGCCAUCCACCACUCAGCGUCGCCGUCCAGCGCCAACUACAUGAACUUCGGGGAGCUGAACAACGUGCAGACGCCGCUGCAGUCCGGCGGGGGGGUCUCCUCACUGCACGGCAUACGGGCCUGGUGAAGGACACGCUCCAGCACAGCGCUGGAAAGCCAAGUUAAAGGGGAAGUCCACCCCGCCACCUGAAAUUCUGCAUAAUUCAGUUUUUGACAUGCAAGCAACGCCGCUCAGAGUGGUCUGAUAUGAAAAGCUGUGACACAGAGAACCUUACGAGUCAGAAUUGUUCACCGUGGUGGUGAUAGGAACCAGAUAUCUGAAGAGUUUAAAGGGGAAUUUCACCAACG